GACGAAUUUGACAUUUGGACUCUAUUUUGGACUGGAGUCUCGCGAGAAGCGCGAGAGCGCUGCGAGAGCGCGAGUGGCUGCGAGUGUCUUCAGCCAGAGACCAGAGAUCAGAUCACCAACCAACUGUCUUCCCAUCACCAUCUCACGCAGUUCUCCCUGAAGGCUUGGUCGCAAACAUGCCUACUAUUCACGUCCGCUCGCAUGCGGAGUUCACCAAAUACACAACAGGCCCAAAGUUAUGUGUCGUCGACUUCUUCGCCACGUGGUGCGGACCAUGCAAAGCCAUUGCGCCACGGUUUGAAAAGCUCUCCGACCAGUAUACGAAUGUUGUCUUCCUGAAAGUCGAUGUGGAUGAGCACCAGAGCAUUGCCCGCGAGUGCUCAGUCUCAGCCAUGCCCACCUUCCACCUGUACAAAUCCGGCAAAAAGCUCGAUGAAGUUGUCGGAGCAGACAUCGUCCGCGUUGAAAGGCUCGUGUCGCAGCACGCGUCCGGGUCCUCAGGGUUUCCGGCGUCUGGUGGGCGGGUACUAGGGACUGGUGCGCCUGUGAAGGGAGCAGCUGGAGGAGGUGCGGCUGCUGGAGAGGCAUUGGGUCCAAAUUAUGCGCUGUGGGGUGUGAUGGGUGCGGUGAUCUUCUGGUUGUGGUGGAACAAGAAUGAUCCAUCGCAGAACCUCAAGUAAGGGCCGAUGUUCGCCGUUCAGCUUCGCCAUCUGCGAGUUGCGACGGACGAGUCAUUUGGGAACCCCUCCGGAGGGAAUCAAAGGAGGUUGACCGCCUGGCCCUCGGGGUAAAAGAAACCCGGUGUAUUGAGAACCUGUGCUGGGUCUGGCUGCGACGAAAACCGACAUGGUUUGCAAUCGACAGAGAAAAGUCCAUCGAAAGAACGGCGGACUCCGUUCGUCCCCAGUAAUACAUUCAGUGCUCAUUUUCGUUAUGCCCCGCGCAGUCCGAGAGUUCGUGAAAUUAUACUCAAUGCACAUAUUCACAUCACAAC